AUGUUUGAGUCAUUACUUGAAAAAGUAUUGAAUUCUGUUUUAGGCUAAUUUAUUGAAGGAUUUGAUGCAUAAAAUCUCCAUAUAGGUAUUUGGAGUGGAGAAGUGAUCAUAUCAAAUGUAUCAUUAAAAGCUGAAAUCAUAAAAAUGUUAGAAUUGCCAAUUCGACUUUGUUUUAGCCAUAUAGGAAAAUUGAAACUAAAUGUAAAUAAAUAUAUAAAUAACAAAUAGGUUCCAUGGAAAUCGUUAACCAGUUCUCCAGUUGAAGUAAUGCUAACAGAUUUGUACAUUAUAAUAUCAGCUGAUCAUCCAGAUGUAUGGUAAUAUAUCAAUUAUACUGGUUUUAAAAAGAAGAUGGAGGUAUUAGAAAAGUUUAAAGAAUCAAUCAUUCAAAAUAUUAAUGAUAAAUCUAAAUAAAAAGAUGAUAAAGAAGAUGGAUACGUCAAGAAACUUGUAUUAAAAAUUAUAGAUAAUUUACAAUUGAGCAUUUCUAAUAUCCAUAUAAGAUUUGAAGAUACUAUUAAGAAUGAAUUUGCAUGGGGAUUUUCAAUUAAAAAAAUAGAAACUUUCACUUGUAAUUCUGAAUGGAAAAAAUAAUAUUUUGAUAGAAACAAAGAAGAAAACGUAUAUAAAUCUUAAAUUAAAUUAUUAGAAAAAAGUUGCUUUGUAAAAACUAUUAAUUUUAGAGAAUAUAGGAGCGUAUUGGAAUUAAUAAGAAAAAAUAUUUUUGAAUUCACAAGAAAAAGAGGUAAUUCUAAAAGAGAUGGAAGAGAUGAUAAUAAACACAUCAGAUCCUAAAUCUCAUCCAAAAUAUGGUUAAUUCGUAUUGUUGUUAAAUGCAUAAGGUAGAUUAUAUUAAAAUACUUCUGGAAAGUUUGAUUCUCCUGAAUUUUGUCUAUCUGUUGAAUUGAGUGCGAUUGAUAUAGCUUUAGAGAAUUUAUAAUUGUAAUAAAUAAUAAGGAUGGCUGAAUUAUUUUCAUUAUAUCAAAAUAGAUUAAAUUAAUAGAAGAAACAAAAAUUAUGUUUAUCUAAUUAAUAAAUUGAGGAUUAAAAAUUAUAAUUUAUAGGUUUGUAUGAGAAAAUACUCAGAAGUCCAGAUUAAAGUAUAAAAGCUUUAACAAAAGAUGAAAAUGAUUUGUUUGAAUAAUCAGUUAGUAAUUUGAAUAUAGAAGUAUUAUGUGAAGCAGCAAAAGAGAUAAUAAAGGUAGUUUAAAAGGAAUUAGCAAUAAAAGAAGCAGAAGAAAAGAAAAAAAAACAAGGAGGAUGGUUUAGUUGGGGUAAGAAAAAAGAUUCAGAUUUACUUGAAUAAAAAGAGAAGGAUGAUCUAAGUUCCUUUAUAGAUUAAUUGGCAGAUUUUCAAGAUAUUAAAGAUACUAGAAGACCAGCAGAUUAUGUUUGGUUAUCUGUAUUAUUUUCUUUAAAAACUGGAUCAGUUCAUAUUCUAAAAAAAUUUAAUAAUAGAAGAGAAGGUAUUCAAUUGAUUUAUUGCGGAUUUGAUGGAAGUUUUGAAAUGAAAGAUAGUGGAAUGAUGAUGAAGUUGGGUUUAUAGUUUAUUGGAAUUGAUAUUGUUACUGAACCAAUUUAGAAUGGAAUUAUAAUGUAUAGUGAAUAAAAGAGAAUAGCAUUUUUAUAAUAAAUAAAUAAUCAGAAAUUUAUAGAUUUUGUUUUUUAGACAAAUCCAUCUCAUCUUAAAGGAGUUGAUAAAUAUAUUAAAUUAUAAACAGAAGCAUUGAAAUUGAUAUUCAAUCCAAUUAUAUUGGUUAGAAUAAAUUAAUUUAUCGAUUUUCAAGUUAAAGAUGAAACUUUAAAAAGUGCUGCUUGGGAUUAGAUGGAAAUAGCUUAAGAUUUGGCAGCUUAAUAAAUGGUACAAUCAUAAUUAUCUCCAUCUAUUUUAUUUAUUGAUGUGAAAAUUAAAUCAACAAUUAUUCUAGUACCACUUCCAAAUUCAAAUGAAAACUGGUUACUUAAUAUAGGUGAUGUAUCAAUAAUAACACCAAAAAUAGAUGAAUUACACUAUGAUAAUUUUGAGAUUUCAUUAUAAGAUUUUACAUUCAAACAUUAUAAUUAAAUUGAGGAAUGUCAUAAAUCUAUAAAUAAAGGAAUUUUCUUAGAAAAUAUUGAUGGAUCUUAUAGCAUAAUUUAAAACAUUAGAGUUAUAAUAAGAGCUUAGAUUUUGAGAGGAUGUUCCAAACCUCCAAAAGAAUUACCUUAAAUAAUAAUUGAUGGGGAAUUACCUUAAUUAGAUAUAUUUGUGAAUCCAAAUAUCUAUUCAAAAAUCUUAAAAAUUGAAGAAUGUUUUGUUGAAUCUAUUGGGGAAUAUGAAGAAGUUUUAAAAAAAUAAACAAGAUUAUCAAUUGAUAAAGCUUAGACUGAAAAAACAGUAUUAUAUGAAUCAGCUACAAAAGUAGGUAAAAUUUGGAAGAGAGGUUAAUUAUUAACAUGGAGUCAAUAUAUAGGAGUUUUAAGUGGUGGUUAUAUUUAUUUAUUUGUUAAAAUUUAAGAUCAAUAACCAGAAUAUCAUUUCUGGGUUAAAAAUAGUGAAUUUAUAGAUAUUAGUGAAGAAGAAGCAGGAAUGAAUAAUGCAUUCUAAAUUAAGAAUAAGUAUGGUGAUACAUUUGUUGCUUUUGAUAAAUUAAAAAUGGCUAAUGAUUGGAAAGAAGAAAUUGAAAAAUUAAGAACUAUGCCAAGAGUUUAAAAAAACAAUGUUGAAACAAUUUAAAGUGAAAAAACUAAAGAAAGUAGACCAUUAAAUUUCAAAUUUGGCUUAAAAGGAUUUGGAAUUCAUAUUUAAGAUGAAAAAUAAUAAGAUUGGUUAAAAGUCAUUAUAAGUGGAUUAAAUGCUGGUGCAAAUGUGUAAGGUAGAUCAAUUAAUUUAGAUUUAAAAUUAAGGGAUUUAUAUGUUAUUGAUUAUAUUCAAAUGUAUAUGAAUCCAUUACUCAAAUAUAUUGUUAAAUCUGAUCCUGAUCCAGAAUCAAAUGAGCUUAUUAACAUUAGUAUUUAAUAAAUUAGCAAGUCAGAUAAAAAAUAUAAUAAAAAAAAUUUUAUAAUUGAAGUUACAUUUGGUUCUUUAUCAAUGAUUGCAAAACCCUUAGUAAUAGCUAAAUUGCUUGAUUUUAUUACACCUCCCAAAAAUUAAGUUGAUGAUAUGAAAUGUUAAGGAAAAGAUAAUGUCUAGUAGUUAUAGAAUCAAGCUAAAAUAGAACUAGAAAACAAUACUUAAUAAUAGAAUGUUAAUUUUGAUAAUAUGCAAGAUAUUAUUUUAAUAGAUAUCAAUGUUAAAAUCAGAAGUAUUAAUGCAAUUUUGGUUCAUAGAUUUACUACUUUGCCACUAGCAGAAAUUAACAUUUAAAACACUGAAAUUGGAUUAAUCAAAUAUGUUGAUGAAAUUUAAUUAAAUGGAUCUUUAGGUAAUUUAUAACUUUUUGAUCUUACAAACUAUCCAAAUACAUUAUCAAAGGAAUCUGAAUAUAAAUUAAUUAAUCCUAAACAAAUGAUUGGAGUUAAACAUCAACAAUAAUCUUUAUUAAAAGUUUAACUUAAUUUAUUGAGUGAAGGAUCUCAAAAGAUUGUUAAUAAUGUUAAUAUUAUUAUUAAUGUAGAUAUGAGUUAAUUAAUUAUUCAUGUUAUGAUGCAACCAGUUUUAAGAUUGCUUGAUUACACUCUGCAAUAAUUACUAUUUGCCUUAUCUAAUCCUAAAUAAACCAUAAAUCCAAUCAUAAAAUAAUAAAAAAUUGAAUAAGAAUAUGAAUAAGAUAUUAAUUAAUAUCAUCAAUUAAAAAUAUAAGAAAAUAGAUCUUAAACAAUUUUAUUAACAGAAGCUGAAACUCUAUAUUUGACAAAACAAUUCUAAAAUCCUCCAGCUAUGCAAUUAAAUGUUGUAAUCAAUAAUCCUUAGGUAAUUUUAAAACCAAAUUAAGAAAGUGAAUCGGCAAUGGUUAUUGAUCUUGGGACAAUUAUUGUGUCAAAUAAACGUAAUAAAGUAACAAAUAGAAUUAUUAAAUAAGAAUUACAAUUAGAUUCAGUCUGGGUGGAUGAAUUUAUUUUAAAUAUGAAAGACAUCUAAUUAUAUUAAUAAUCUAGAGAAAAUAAAAGAGAAUUUAGUUUACCUUUUGAUUUCAAUAUAAGUGUUGAAAUAUUUGGAAUGUUUUAAUAAUAUUAAUUAUUUUAUCCAAAAAUAAAAUUUGAUGAACAAUUAAAAAUUCAUUGCUUUAUUGCUCCAAUGAUUUUGCAAAUCACUCAUUCAGAUUACAUGUUUUUAAUGAAAUGCUUAUUUCAUAAUAUUGCAUAUGAUGAUGGAUUCGACAAUAUGAUUAGAAACAGUCAUUCUCAAUAUUUUGAGGCUUUCUUUUAAUAGUAGAAACAACAAGAAUUAAAGCUAAAAGAAAUGCUUCUAACUUAAAAUGAUUAACCUUAAUUAUCAUUCUAACUAGAUAUGGAAAACUUAAGUUUAUUUUUAUUAAAAGACAUAAAACCUAAACCUAUUCCUUUUCUCAGAAUGAAUUUAAUAAUGAUGAGAGUUUCAUUUUUAAAAUGUAAUAAUGGUUCUGCAAAAGUAGGACUUUUAAUAAGAGAUUUGGAAGGCUCUAAUUUUUAAUCAACAAAAUAAGGUUAAUUUAAUGAAUUACCUUUUAUUGGGAGUAUGAAUCUUUAAUAAACAUACACAUAUGAAUAAGUUACAAACUUAAAUGGAUUAGUUAGAGGAAGAUAAGCAACUUUGAGUAAUGCAAAUCAGAUUUUAAAUUUAGCUUCUCGUGGAAUGUUAACUUAAUAAUAAUAAAGAUAAUUGGUAUUUAAGUUUGAAGAUGCCUAUCAACAAAUUGAAGAUAAUCCUUAAUAUAAAUUAAUAUUUAAUUUGGAAAUGAAAAUUACAGGAGAUAAAGAUAUCAAUAUUGAAUUAUCUGAUUUUAAAUUAUAGAUUCAUGCUGGUCCACUUUUUGAUGUAUUGGCAUUAAUUGCAAUGGAUGAUCCUGAUUUAACACCAAGUCCUGGAAAAUACAUUUUAUUCUAAUAAUAAAUUUAAUAAAAUGCAUUACAAUAAUAAGAAUAAAUUUAAGUACCUUAAAAUCCUUAACAAGGAUAUUUAUAAAUUAGAGUAAAUUUAAGAAAUGUAAUUACUUGCAUACCAACCUAAAUAGAAUAGAAUGUUCUGACAGUUAGAGGAAAAUUUGGUUUUACUAUGAAAAUGACUCCUCAAAAAUCAGUUAAGGAAAUUGAAAAGGAAAUUAAACAAAAUAAUAUUCCUAAAUCGGAUUGGUCUAAAUUAAAUGAAACUAUGAAGAUUGAAGCUAAUUUAUAAAAAUUGGAGAUCUUUUUAUGUAAAAGCUAUGAUUUAAAUAAAAAAGACGAUUUUAAAUAAGUGAAGAAGAGAGAAAUAUUAAAUCCUAUUGAGUUAGAGCUUAAUCUUAGUAAAUCCUCAGUGAUAUUGCAGAAUUUUUAAGAAUUUAUAGAAUCAAUAGACUUAAAUGGAAAAAUUAGCCCAAUUAAUUUAAAAGUCUCUUUCCAAGAUCUUUUUACGAUAAAGGAAGGAUUAAAUUAUUAAUUAAGCCAAAUGCCUAAUUAGCUUUAAAAUUAAUAAUAAGAGAUAAAUUAAGAUAAGAAAAAUGAUGAAAUUUCUUAAUUAGAUGCUUCUCAUUUGAAUAAAAUGUCAUUGAGUGCAGUUAAAUUAGAUUUAGAAAUUGAGAAGAUUAAAGUUAUUGUUUUGAAUGAUAUGGGUAGUUCUUAUUCACCAUUAUUUGAUUAUGAGACAGAUGAAUUAAGGGUUACUUUAGACAAAAAUAAUCUAUUUCUAGAAUUUAAUAUUACACUACCUUUUAAAUUAAGUAAUUUUAAUCCAUUAUGCUCAAAGUGGGAACCUAUUAUAGAAAAAACUGGAUUUUAGGUUGCAAUAUUUUAAGAUACUCUAUAAGGCUUAGGAGGAGAUAUAAGUAAUUUGGUUACAAUUGAAUAAAUGAAAGAAUUUGAUAAUUGUAAUUUGACUCUCUCUACAAUAUGUAUUUAAUCAAUAUUAAGAACUUAAAAGAUAAUAGAAAAGAUAUUUAAUAAGUAACCAUGCGAAAUUGCUUAAAAUCUUUAAAAGUCAAUUGCUACUGAAGAAUAUUCACCUAGUUUAGAAGACAAUAUAAUUUAAGUAUCUCCUUAUGCUAUAAGAAAUUUAACCGGUUACCCUAUAGUUGUUGAAUUUAUUGAUAAUACCAGAUUACCUACUCUUAAUAUACAUGUAAAUUAAUAAUAAAAUUUGAUUUUUGAUGAUGAAUUAAAAACGGCUACCAAUGGAUAAAGAAGAGUAAAUGUAACUAUAAAAGUAGAUUAAUAACCUUUUUAUAUAAAACUUAUAGAUUUGGAUAGAUAUUCAAACAGAUUUUAUGAGCAAGAUUAAUUAUAUGCAUAUGCAAAUGUCAUAUUGGAUUAGAUUUCAAACUAAAAAAUAGUAAAUGUAUUUGCACCUAUAGUUAUUACUAAUAAAACUAAUAAGCAAAUCAUUUUAUCUAUUACUGAUGAUAAACAUUAACAAACUGUGAAAUUAAAUCCAAAAAAGAUAGAUUCAGGAUUAAAUUAUUUUGCUCCCAUCCCUCUAGGAUAUAUGAAUCCAAGAAUAUCACUUAGAUUUAGCGAAUGUUAAGAGUAUACCGAGGAUAUCCUUGUUUAAAGAUUGAUAAGAUAAUUAGAUUAAAAUAAUGAAAUAGAAACAAGAGAUGGAUAGUUUAUUAUAUUUAAGAUAAAUUAAGACAAAGAUCAUUAAGGAAAAUUAGACAUUUAACUUCAAACACCCUUCAAGAUCACUAAUUCAUUACCAGUAGAUAUCUAUAUCUAAAUGAUGAAUCACAAUAAAGAAACAACAUUUACUAAAAAGUUAAAAAGAUAAUAAUCAAUAGAAGAUUACUAGCAUGGUCAUUAUAAAUGCAGUUAUCUUAGAGUAUAUAUAGAAGGGUAUUAUUGGUCUGAUGAAUUUAAAUUGUAAGCUGCAGAAGAAUUAUAGUAAACAAAUGAUGAAUGCAUAUCGAAAAUUGUUAUGAAUGAUUCCAAUAAUAACCCUACUACAUUAUUAAUCUUUGAAUCAUCUAAAUAAUAAGAUAGUUCUUAAUUAACUAGAGAAUAUGUAAUCCAUUGUUCUGGUUACAUAAUCAAUAAAUCAGGAAUUCAGUUAUAGUAUUUUACAAGCAAUAAUAAUAAAAGCAAUUUAAUUCAAUUAGGAGGGGUAGAAUCUAUAAAUAGAGGAGAUCCUUUAAAUUAAUAAAUUGUGCUUUUGGGAACAGAAACUGGUAACAUCUUAUAAUUAAGUCAUAAUUCAUCAAGCUAAAAAAUAUCAUAAUUCCCAAUACAAAUUUCAACCAUUGGAGAACCUGAAAUUGAUGUAAUUGUUGUUAAUGAAGAAAAUACAAAUUAACUUUUAUAGAUGUAUUUGGGUGCUAAGUUAGAACUUGGAUUAUGUAACAAGAAAUAUACAUUGUUUAAUAAAAUAAUUACAUUGGAACCAAGAUUCAUAAUUGUUAAUAAUUGUAAUUAAGAUAUUGUUAUUGCUUAAAAUGAAGAUUCUUUCUUGCAAACUGUUUCUCCUAAUUAAAGAAUAAUAUUUCAAAUACUUUACAAUUCUAAAACAAAAGUGAGAAAUCCUUGCCAAUUUAUUAAUAUGAAUGUGAGCAACAAUGAUUAUUAAUCAAGUAGUCGGUUAAAUAUUAACGCAGUUGGCAUAGUUUAUUAUUAAUUAAGAAAAAAGGAUAACCCUUAAGAAAAAUUAUAUUUCAGCUGUGACAUUCGUUAAGAAGAAUGCAGUCUUUAUGUUAUAUUCAAUUAAUUAAAUUAAGAUUAAGCACCAUAUAAAAUUGAGAUGUUAGUUUAGAAUUUAGAAUUAGAAAUUUAAGAAUUAUAAGUGAUAUUGAAUUCAAAUAAUUCAUUUACAUAUUUUGCAUGGGAUGAUCCACUAAGAUUAUAAAAGUCAUUGAAUGUUGAACUUAGAAUUAGGGAUGAUCCUCAAGGUGAAUACAAACCACUUAAAUAUGUCUUGUAUCCAGAUCAUAUAGGACUCAUGAAAGUUUAUAUUUUUAAGCCAAAUAAAGAAUCUAAAGCAGCAUAUAUACCAAUUGUACUAUCAAUACUUCCUAAAGGUUGUUAAAAAUAAAUUUAAAUUAUGCCUGCUAAUUAAGAAUAAAUCAAAAUUUUUAAAGCUAAACCUAAAUAAGAUUUCUUAAAGCAACUAAAAUAAAAAAAUAAUUUAGAAUUUGAAGAUGAUAAUUAAUAAGGAGCUAAAUCCUAAUCUUUAUAAAGUGAAUCUAUUAUCGAGAAUAGUGAUAAAAUAGAAAACAGAAUAAAUCUAAAAUUAACUUCAUUCUCUUUAUCUUUAGUACAUAAUUCAGAUGUAAAAAAAAGACCUUCAGAAUUUUUCCAUUUCACAUGUACUAAUAUAGAAUUUGUGGUUAUUUCAACUGUUUUAAAUUUGGUUUUGUAAUUGAGGGUUUAAUACAUUAAUUUUGAUCAUAAUGCUGAAUUUUUUGUUUAAUUCCCAGUUGUUAUUACUCCAUAAAAAUAUGCAUUAUAUCAUGUUGCACCUAAAUAGUUAUAAUAAUAAUAACAAUAAAGUGAUAAAUAUUUCUUUAAUGUAAUGAUUAUUCUAGAUAACAGAGUAUCUGACAUUAAAUUAUUUCAAAACAUUACUUUUGAAUUAGACCCAUUUGAAAUUAGAGUAGAACAAUUGUUUAUAGUUAAUAUAUUAGAAUUCGUAUGGGCAAUCACUUCCUUUAAAGGUAAAAUAUAAGAAUUUGAGAAAAACUAAGCAGGAAAUUAUUUUGCAGAAAAAUAAAUGGAAAUAUUGAAUCAGUAUGAAGAGGAAAAAGAAAAUGAUUACAAUAAUAAACAUAAUUCAUAGUCAUUUGUAGAAUUUGACUCAGAAUGGAUAAAAAAAAAAUUACCUAAUGCUCAAUUACCUAUUUACAUUUGCGAGAUUAUUAUAUCUCCAAUCUAAUUAAACUUAACAGUUUAGAUGUCUGGAAAAGGAGAUUUGAAUAUGGGUAAUCUAGCUAUUUUUGCUUCAAUUGCUUAAGCAGUAGGGGUUGUACUAUCUGACAUUAGUGAAGCUCCAAUCUUCUUUAAAGGUUGGAAAAUAGAAAAUUGUUUUGACACUGGUUCUGGAAUUCUGAAUAAAAUGAUGCAAUUUUAUAAAUAGGAAGGAAUAAAAUAAAUAGGAUCUGUUAUUGGAAGUCUUUCAAUUAUUGGAAAUCCUAUUGGAUUAUUAAACAAUAUUUCUACAGGAUUCAAAGACUUUGUCGAUAAGCCAGCAGCUGGUUUGACUUAAGGACCUUUAGAAACUGGAUUAGGAUUAGCCUAAGGAGCUAAAUCAUUAAUUUCACACACUAUAGCUGGAGCAUUUAGUUCAGUAAAUAAAAUAACAGGUAGUUUUGGAAGUGGUCUUGCUAAUUUAACCUUGGAUGAAGAUUAUUUAAGAAAAAGGGAGAGGCAAAAAAUACAUAAGCCAAAACAUCUAGGCGAAGGCCUUGGUUAAGGAGCUAGAUCAAUAGCUACAGGAAUUUAUGAUGGAAUUACUGGAGUUUUCUUAAAACCUAUAAAAGGAGCCAGAGAAAAGGGUAUUAAAGGAGUAUUUACUGGAACUGCUAAAGGACUAGCUGGAUUAAUCAUAAAACCAAUAACUGGAGUUUUAGAUGGAAUGUCUUAAACAGCUGCUGGUAUUUAGAAUACAGUCUCAUAUUUUGAUGAUAAACCUAAUAACAAUAGAGCAAGAAACAUUAGACCUGUUUAUGGAUUAGAAGGUUAUUUAGAUGAUUUUAAACCUAUUGAUGCUGAAGGCUUCGCAAUGAUUCACUUUUUAAAAAAUGGAGCGCUAUAAAAUGACAGAUUUAUUGCUUCAUAUUUAAUUAUACCUGAUGUUCAAGAAUAAGAAAAUAAAUUCAUGUUAGUUAUCACAUAUGAGAAUUUUAUUUAUAUGUCUUUUAAGACUAAGAAAAAAGUAAGUAGUGUUGUAAUUAAAUUUAGGUUUGGAUUUUAAAGACAAAAGACGUAACCCAUUUAGGAAAGGUUCCGUCAGGGGUUAAGAUUUAAGUUAAUAAACCUCAAAAACAAUUAAAAGUAUUAAUUUUAUUUAAAUUAGAAUAACUAUGUAACUUAAAUUCAUAUAUAAAAAGAUUUAUAAGAUGAUGUAUUCGAAAUCAUGUAAACAAUUUGGGAAUAAAAUCGAACAAAUUGAAAGGAAA